GAUGCUCUCUGACGCCUUCCCAGUGCUGAACGGCUUGCCGCAGGGCAGCACCGCCUCACCACCCCUGUCAUCCAGAUGCAGCCACUGACGUCCUUUCUGCGGCGGCAGGUGGAGCAAGGGGCACUGCGCACGCCCUCCGCCAAUGGUAAAGCGCCUGGGUCGGACGGGGUCCCGUACGAGGUGUACAAGGUUUUCUGGGCGCUGCUGGGUCCGCGCUUGUGUGCUGCUGCUGCCGCUGCCUUUGCUGCCGCUGCAGACGCCCACGAUGGCGGUGGAAUGGCGGCGGCGCUGCCCGCCUCCUGGCGGGAGGGCAUCAUCACGCUCAUCUACAAGGGCAAAAGCCUGGACCGCGCCGAGCUGGCGUCCUACUGGCCCAUCACGCUGCUCAACUGCGACUUCAAGAUGGUGUCCAAGGCCGUCAGCGCCUGCCUGCAGCCCGCCCUGGAUGCAGUUGUGGAUGAGCUGCAGACUGCGUUCAUCACCGGCCGCUGGAUUGGAGACAACGCGCUGUACCUCCAAGGCCUGAUCGAAUGGAUGCGCCUGGAUGUGGGCACGGACGGCACGCCACGGCAGGGUGGUGCGCUGUACUUCUUGGACAUUGAAAAGGCGUAUGACCGGGUGCACCGGCAGUGGCUGUAUGCGUCCGCGGAGGGACUGGGGUUUGGGCCGCGCAUGCUGCGCUGGAUCCGCCUGCUCACUGCCAACGGCUCUGCCCGCGUGUGUGUGAACGGGAUGCUCUCUGACGCCUUCCCAGUGCUGAACGGCUUACCGCAGGGCAGCACCGCCUCACCACCCCUGUGGGUCAUCCGGAUUUUUGGCAAGAAGAGAAGAAAAGAGAAGGAGCCUGGGCCUGGCGUGCUGCCCCUGGCGAUGGAUGGGGCGUGGCAGCCUGCCUGUGUGCUACAGCAUCGCAAGCCGCGGCACCUGUGGACCUUUGAAGAGCGGGCGGCGUACGAUGCAGCAUCACCAGGGGACCGGGCGGGGGCGUGGCCUCGGGCGCCGUACUUCCUGGCGCCGGAGGCUGGGGUGGUGGUGCACCCGGAGCACUGCCGGAUUGCGGGUGUCAGCUUAGCGGACUACAAGGUGCAGGACGUGCGGCGGGCCAUCACCGCGGCCAACCCGGCCGCCCCUCUGGCUCCGGCCCGCCCAGCAGCCAUGCCGUGCCCGGCGCCAACACAGCAGGCGGGGGACUUGGGGCCCCAGCCGGCGGCACAGUCGCGGCUGGCGGAGCGGGAGGCGGAGUGGCAGCGUGCAGCGGCGCAGCUGACCACCACGGCGGCGCAGCAUUUCCACAAUAACCCGGUGGCUCUGGACCCCUGGCUCCACCGCACCUUCACGGCAGCCGGGCUGCAGAACAAGCCGGCGAGAGAACUGCAGUCGUAUGCGUCCCCGUCCCAGCAGUCGGGUGAGGGGCCUCCCCGGUAGCUCAAUUGGUAGAGCAUGCCGCUGUCACAUGGCAGACCCAGGUUCGAUUCACGGAUUCGGCCGGGUUGAGGCUGACAAGUAUAGAUGCAGGUUCGGAUUCUGCCCGGGGAACCAAGUCAGUAUUCCAGUAUGGAGUCCGCGGUACUGACGGAAGCGUUGUAGCGACUCUCUGGGUUCGGAUCCCAUUGUUGCAACGUGGAAACUUCACGAUGGCCGAAUUUGGAGAGUUGGUAGGCCGAUAGGUCCAGAACUUUGGUUCCUAUGGACUGAGUGAAGGUGGAUGCGUGGGGAGCCUCGUGCCAAGGUCCCACAGAGAU